AAUAACCAAACUCUCUUUCCACUCCAAAGUUCAUUCUUCCACUCCACACAGUAUAGCUUAGGGUUUAACAGUCGGUAGCUCAGUGACCUCCUCUUCUGCUCCGAAAUGGCGUCUUCCAAAACCCUAAUCCGCACUGGUGUUUCUCUCAUGACCCGAUUCCUCAACCGGACUCCCCACGCCAACCCCAACCCCAUUAUCUCGCAGACUCCCGAAUUGAUCGCCCUGCCGAAGCUCCUCCCGUCUUUACUCAUUCCUCAGUUCGACAAGGCGACGCUGGUGCAGUUUCCACAGCAUCAAAGCGAGGUUGAACUGCAAAGAAAGCUCUCCUCCCAAGGCUUCCUCUACCCCACUGGCCUUCCUUCUCUCCCAUUUUUCCUGCCCGAGGGAGAUGAGUCUUCAUCAAGUGAGCCUAUGAUUUUAUUUCCAAAAAGGACAUACCAACCAAGCAACAUCAGGCGCAAAAGGACACAUGGAUUCUUUGCUAGAAAGGCAACAAAAGGGGGACGAAGAGUUAUUGCUCGACGCAUUGCAAAGGGUCGGUCUAGAAUCACAGCGUAAUGACUCCUCAUGCAAGUUUCUGAGGAAGUCUAGUCCACAUGAAAAGUUGAUCUGAUCUGAAAAGUUCGAGAAACCUAAUUAGUAUUCACAAUUUGGAGUUACCGAUGUAUUGCAGGAUGUUUAUUGAGAUAUGCAGAGAAAGGCGUUACUUGACAUUGUUGCUUCAAGCUUUCAAUCUUUUUAUAUAUGGAGUUUCAUAUGCCAAAUACUGGAAGGAUCUAUGAAUUUUAGUUGUGCAAUAAUUUUGUUGCCUGUACUCUAGUUGUCUAGGAUAGUGAAUGAUGCAUUAUAAGUGCAGAAUAUAUCCAAGAAUAGAAGUUCUUAUGCGGCAUGAUCUUAUUUUUUUUCUUUUA